CGUCUGCUCGCGUCGCGCUGAUGGCUUGGCUGCUGGCGGUGCUGGUGAUCGCCAACUCGUUCGCAGGACAUUUGAAGUCCAGCAUGGCCGUCAAGAACGAACCUGCUCAACUGGACAGCAUCCGGGACGUGGUAGCUCGGCGCAACCUCAGGCCCAUAGUCUGGAAAGGAUCACACUACGAGGCUUUCCUGUCGACAGCCCGGUCCCCGGUGCUGAGUUCGCUGUGGCGAAUGGUGACCCGCACCAACGGGUCUCAGCUGGGCCGGGACAUGUUCAGCGACGAGCACAUGCGCCAGGUGGUGGAACGACGCGCCGUUCUGAUGGUGGAUCACAUCUCGCUCCAAUGGCGCACGGCGGCCUACUGCCGCCGAACACUGGUGCCCGGCUUCCACUUCGCGCGAGAGCACGUCGACGAAAACCCGCUUUCCUUUCUCAUGUCGCCGACCAUGCGCAGGGAUCUACAUCAACGCAUUUACACUAGGAUCAUGUGGAUGUGCGAGAACGGCCUGGUGAGCAAGUGGAUGGCCGAUAGCCUGGGCGACUGGCAACGCUGUGUGCGACAGACGGGAGGUCAUGCCGCGGACGACCUCACCGUCUCCGACACCCUGGCCAGCUUCGUGCUCUGGGCACUGGUCAUGACGGUGGCCGUGGUGGCCUUUCUCGUGGAAGUGCUGCACCCGCACUCAUCGUCACAGCAGUCGACUGGGCACGCAAAGGCGGCCCGUUUCCAGCUGAAGAGGUCACGCAUACCCCGCCGUAAGCUGCGCACAACAGGGUUCUCAAACACGCGGCCCGCGGCAAUUUAG